AGCGAGAAGGGCGGCAGAGCGGCAGUCAACUCACGCCAUUUUGGAUGAUCGCGAGAAGGGAAGGCUGAAAAGCAGCCAAGAAAUCGUAUAAUAUCCUCACCAUCCGAGGAUUUUACUAACAAUGGAGAACUCUUACGGCAUAGGGGUUCGUAACCGUUACGAACUGUUCUACGAUGAAGACAUUGACCCAAUGGAUCUUAUUAAGCAGACGGAAAAGAUAAAGGAUAAGAGCUCCGAGAAGGAAAACAAGGGAAAGACCACUAAGGCCAAGGCUCCCGUGGCCGCCAAGAAGGGCACCAAGACCGAGCCCGCCUCAAAGGCCGCCGACAAGACCAGCGCCCCAGUUGCUGUAACUCGAUCCAGUUCAAGUUGGUCUGGCUCUGAAGCUCCUGAGGAAACUAAGUUGCCCCAGCAGCGAGGACCAAGGCCCAGCGAUGGCAGGGUCAAGUUUUCUGACCGUGAGGAACGUAACAACCGACGCAAUCGCCAGGAAGGAGGAGAAUACAGAGAAGGCCCUCCACCACCAAGAUUUGAUGGUGAAGGCCGUGGUGGAGGGAGUGGGGGAAUGGGCCGAGGGCGCGCCCGUGGCAUGGGACGUGGUCGUGGCAGAGGACGCGGUGGUCCCGGUGGAAUCCCUGGGGGCAUGGACAACCGGGGCAAGAGGGAGUUUGAUCGGCAGAGUGGAAUGGCAACCACUGGGGUGAAGCCCAUGGACAAGCGUGAGGGAUCUGGUUCUUUCAACUGGGGCUCUGACCGGGACCAGAUUGAGGAGCAGUUGAAUGCCACUCCAAAUGCAAAUGAACUCGACACAUCUACUGAGACUCCAGAGAAGGCCCCAGAAGAAGGUGCAGCCCCAGCUGAAGGUGAAGAGGUUGCUAAAGAAGAUGAUAAUGCCAAGGAAAUGACACUGGACGAAUGGAAGGCCAUGCAAGGCACCCGAAACAAACCUUCUUUCAACAUCCGUCGGGCUGGAGAGGGGGAGAAUCAGGCACAGUGGAAGAAGACUUACGUCCUCAAGAAGAAGAUUGAAGACUCUGAUGAAGAAGAGGAGGAGGAAGAGGAAGAAGAAGUGCAUCAUGGGCGCAAGAAAGUUUUACUUCCCAUUGACUUCCAAUUUGCUGACUCCCCUGGGCGUGGCAGGGGCCGUGGCCGUGGCAGAGGUGGACCAGGACGUGGGCGUGGGGGGGAAAUGCGGGGAGGUCGUGGUGGUGGUGGUGGUGGUGACCGUGGAGAACGCGGUGACCGUGGGGAGCGCGGAGAGCGUGGAGGACGUGGAGGUGAGCGCGGUAGCCGUGGCGGCCCAGGCUCCCGAGGUGGCCGUGGAGCACCCCGCCAGCAGGAAGCUCCUAAGAUGGAUGACGAGAGGGAUUUCCCCAGCCUGGGAUAAAAUCUUCCUCCCCCACGUUCUGCCCCUGAGGGAGAAGGCCCCUAGGCCUGCUCCAGCUAGUCUGGCAGCACUGGCCUGGCCCUCACACCGGCUUGUGUCGGAAGGUUAGGGAUCCCUGUGCGUAAGAGUUCUCCAUUGUUCCAUAUCUCAUCGAGCAUCAUUCUUAAACAUGGCAAGUUUUCUCCUGUACCAGAGUGCUGACAGGGAGUUCUGGUGGUGUGACUGACAAGAUCUCUUCACGAACUUUUAAUUAUAUCCACGUUCGGUACAAGAAACGACCAGUUCAAGUUUUUCGUCAGGGAAGUGGUUGAGGCUUGUGACCCUUGUUAUACCUUCCUGUAGUGGAGACUCUGGAGAGUGUUAAUGCUCAAAAGAUAAUUUCCAUUAAUAAGGAAUCCUAAAUGUCACUAAAAGAUUUUGUUGUAAAUAUUGAUGAAGCUGUCAGGUGGGUGCAGGGUAGUGAUGGUUGUAUGCAUGAGGGAGUGUAUGUAUUGCUGCCCUCACUACCCCGGCGGAGGCUUGCCACGCUUUUUGUACUGGAUACUGAUUAACAAAUAGUUGAAUAAAAACAAAACAUCUCUAGUUUUGUUUAAUUCAUGAAACUUCCAGAAAAGGUGUAUUUACAAGUUGAGUUGAUCCUUGUGUGUGUGUGUAUAUAUAUGUAUGAUGUGUAUGAUUAUAUAUAUAUAUAUAUAUAUAUAUAUAUAUAUAUAUAUAUAUAUAUAUAUAUAUAUAUAUAUAUAUAUAUAUAUAUAUAUAUCACAGGCCUAUGGAGUUACUCUGAUUUUGGUGACUACUAUACAUGAUGCAUAAAUCUUUGUACAUUAUUUUGUGGAGUUAUGUAUCAAAUUUUGUACAAUUCCUAAGUCAAAGCAUCAAACAUUUGCACAUUUCCCAGGCAAGAUGUACGAAGCUCCGUUAAAGUCCCUAGUUGACGUAUUUGACGUGAUAUACGUCCUAACUAAAUGUAUGUUUAUGCUAAGGAUCUGUUUCAGUUACCGAGACAGUAACAAUAACAGGUGGUAUAGAGCUGAGCAUCACUCUUCUUGACAGAAUAAGAACAAACAUAGUACAAACUGGCACAUGUGAUAGUUCAUUAUCAGGGUAUGGUGAGCUCUAACAGUUAUGUGACAGCUUGGAGAGACCUGACUGUCCAGUGUACUACCACCAAAGGCGCUUGUUGACGUGUAGCUUUUGAUUGUGUUAAGUAUUUAUAAGCUGUACAUAACAUUGCAAUAUGGCGGCAUUGGGCAAGUUGCACGUGUAAUAUUAUGUUGCAUUCACUGCUCUUCCAUCAGGACAAAAUAAAAUGAAAAUUGAACUGUC